UCAUCUGAUGAUCCUUAUUUCCUUAAUCACAAGGGAAAAUGGGCAUCGUCUUCAUCAUCUUCACCUUCAUAGCUUUGUCACUUCUCUUUCUCUUCUUAACAUUGUCUUUUCUCAUAUUCAAAAUCUUUUCUCACAAAUCCAUCAGAGACCCUUCUUAUCCACCAGUGAAAGGUACAGUAUUUCACCAGCUCUAUUACUUCAACAAACUCUAUGACCAACAAACUGAAGUUGCCAGGGAACAGAAAACUUUUAGGCUUUUGGCUCCGGAAUCAAGCGAAAUAUACACGACCGAUAUACGAAACAUAGAACACAUACUGAAAACAAAUUUCAGUAAUUAUUCAAAAGGUCACUAUAAUCAAGAGAUAGCUACGGAUCUUUUUGGCCAAGGAAUAUUUAUGGUCGACGGAGAAAAGUGGAAGCAGCAGAGGAAGCUAGCCAGCUAUGAAUUUUCAACAAGAGUUCUUAGAGAUUUUAGUUGUCAUGUGUUUAGAAGAAACGCUGCUAAGCUGGUCAAAGUAGUUUCCCAGUUUGCCAUUGCGGGUCAGGUCUUGGAUAUGCAAGAUUUACUGAUGAGAUGCACUUUGGAUUCCAUUUUCAAAGUUGGGUUUGGUGUUGAUUUGAAUUGCUUGGAUGGAUCAAGCAAAGAGGGGACUGAAUUCAUGAAAGCUUUCGAUGAUUCAAACGCUUUGGUGUAUAGGCGGUUUGUUGAUCCAUUCUGGAAGCUGAAAAGGUUUCUCAAUAUAGGCUCUGAAGCUUCCCUUAAGAAAAAUAUCAAACUCAUUGAUAAUUUUGUGCACAAACUUAUCAGCACCAAGAGAAAUCUUUUAGCUGCACGACAAGAUCAUAAUGAAAAGGAGGACAUACUUUCAAGAUUUCUGGUAGCGAGUCAGGAGGAUCCAGUGAAAAUGAGUGAUAAAUACUUGAGGGAUAUAAUAUUUAAUUUUAUGAUAGCUGGUAAAGAUACGAGUGCCAAUACUCUCUCUUGGUUCUUCUACAUGCUCUGCAAAAACCCUCUGAUACAAGAAAAGAUUGUGCAAGAAGUGAAAGAUGUCACUGGUAGUCAAGAAAAAGAGAUUAAGGUGGAUGAAUUUGUUGCAGACAUAACAGAGGAAACGCUUGAGCGAAUGCAAUAUCUUCAUGCAGCCUUGGCAGAGACUUUGAGAUUAUACCCUGCAGUUCCUGCGGAUGGAAGGUGUGCAGAAACGGACGACAUUCUGCCUGAUGGGUUUCGUUUGAAAAAAGGAGAUGGCGUGUACUACAUAGCCUAUGCAAUGGGACGAAUGCCUUACAUUUGGGGAGAAGAUGCAGAAGAAUUUAGACCUGAAAGAUGGCUCAACAAUGGAAUUUUUCAACCUGAAUCACCUUUCAAAUUUAUAGCUUUUCAUGCUGGUCCUCGAAUUUGUCUGGGGAAGGACUUUGCUUACCGACAAAUGAAGAUAGUAUCAAUGGCUCUUCUACGCUUCUUUCACUUUAAAUUGGCUGAUGAUACCAAAAAUGUAACUUACAGGACCAUGUUCACCCUUCACAUUGACGGAAACCUCCAUCUUAGAGCAAUUUCAAGGAAAAGCUGAUCAAUCUGUGUUCAAAAAUAGAAUACGAUGAACUUUUAUAUGCAAGUGUUUUACAUAUAAGAACUAGAAUUUUGUAUUAAUAUUAGUGUAUUAAAACACCAUGGUCAAUCCAG